AUGGGCGAUCCCCCGUGUAAGAGUGAGGUGGAGGAGAACAUUCCAGGAGAUAUCACCACAGAAAAUACCAUUAAGAAUUCAGAAGGAAACUUCAUAUUAUCCCUAAAUUAUAAAGCAGAAGAUGAAGAUGUCAUGCAGCUCUCUUCAGGGGAAAAUCUUAAUGUACAUCCAGGACUUCACAGUGCAGAUCUAUUAUAUAAUCCCCCUAAUCAUGAGGAACCUACUCCUGACCAAUCACAGAUUGUUACCACAAUUACAGGUCAGAAAUGGGGUAAAAGUUUUCAAGGUGGUAAAGAGGUCACACACCGAGAAAUUCACACAAAGGAGAGGCCAUACACCUGUUCAGAAUGUGGGAAAUGCUUUACGAAGAAAUAUCAUCUUGUUACACAUCAGAGAAGUCACACAGGAGAGAGGCCAUAUUCAUGUUCAGAAUGUGGGAAAUGUUUUACACAGAAAUCACAUGUUGUUAUACAUGAGAGAAUUCACACAGGGGAGAGGCCAUAUUCAUGUUCAGAAUGUGGGAAGUGCUUUACAGAUAAAUCAAGUCUUGUUACCCAUGAGAGAACUCACACAGGAGAGAAACCGUAUUUAUGUUCAGAAUGUGGGAAAUGUUUUACAUCUAAAUCUUCUCUUGUUACACAUCAGAGAUUUCACACAGAAAGAUUGUCAUAUCCAUGUCCAGAAUGUGGGAAGUGUUUUACACGGAAAUCAAAUCUUGUUAAACAUGGUGAAAUCCACAGGGGAGAGAAGCCAUAUUCAUGUUCAGAAUGUGGAAAACGUUUUGCACGGAAAUCAAAUCUUUUUACACAUGAGAAUACUCACACAGGAGCGAAGCCCUAUUCAUGUUUAGAAUGUGGGAAAGGUUUUGCAGAUCGAUCAAGUCUUGUUAGACAUGAGAGAAUUCACACAGGAGAGAAGCCGUAUUCAUGUUCAGAAUGUGGAAAGCUUUUUUCAGAGAAAGCAAGUCUUGUUAAGCAUAUGAGAUUUCACACAGGAGAGAAACCGUAUUCAUGUUCAGGAUGUGGAAAAUGUUUUGUACUGAAAUCACAUCUUGUUACGCAUGUAAGAAUUCACACAGGAGAGAAGCCGUAUUCAUGUUCAUAAUGUGGGAAGUACUUUUCAGAUAAAUCAAAUCUUGUUAUACAUGAAAUAUAUCACAUGGAAGAGAAAUGAUUUCCACAGAUUUUAACAUAUAAGCGUAUUCAUGGAUCUUAUUAGCUAAUGAGAAAGUUUUUUUUUUAUUUUUUUUUUUUUAAUUAUGGAUCUUUCAAACAACCAAAUUAAAUUUCUCUGAGAUCAACUGUGAUCAAGAUCCAAAGAGGAAAACCAUUGUUUUGGAUAUAAGAAGAGCCUUGUUUACUUCCAGAGCAGUGAAGAUGAAUUGUCCUCAUGAACCUUGCUUCUUAUCUCUGUAUUCACACCUCCAUCCACACUGCCGGAGAGUCCAGAGUGACAUGGGGAGAAGUAACAACACUCCAUGUAAUCAUGUCAUAGUUUUAUAACGUAUGUGGACAUAUUAAUAUUUCAUCUUCAUCCAAACACUAUUUACAGAUAAAAUCUUCUAGUUUCUCCACAACAGCGCCACCAUCGUCACUUACAGACAUGCUGUCACAGCAACAGUUGCAAAAAAUCCAUAGUAGAAUUUUUCUGACUAUCUCAGUCGCAGCAUUUUGUAGUGCGACACCAUUGACUCUCAUUCUAAAAAAUGUCACGCGAACACAUGUGACAGUGUAGUUGUACCUUUUUUGUUGUGAGACUUAUUGUCGCCAUGUAGCCCUAGCCUAAUUCUAUACCUUUAUAAUAGAACCAAAAUAUAAGAAAACAUCAAAGCUAGGGCUACAUGGUGACAUAUGUCGCACAACUUGCGGCUGUAAAAACGCGCAACAUUUUUUAAAAAUGAUUGUCAAUGGUGUUGCACUGCGACUGUGACACGCCAGUCUCAAAAAAAUCCAUCCAAAUUUUUGCACGAGUGUCAUGGCGCAACGUGACAUCAUUGACUAUCAUUACAAAAAAUUGACCCUUUUUGUCGUGUGACUGAUCGCAAGACACAUGUCGCCGUGUAGCCCUAGCCUAAGUAGAUCAUCAACAAAACAAGUUUUAUUUCCUUUGACCCCACUAUAAGUCCCUUGAUGUCAAAUUGGAGCAAUUAUUGAGCGGCUCCAAGGAGAUAUUGAAAAGGAUAGAAGAGAGAGCGGACACCCUUAUCUUGUACCCUUUUGUUGAUUAAUUGGACCAGACAGGAAACCCGGAGGCUUACCCUACCCCGGCAGGCGGCAAUCAGGCAAAGUCCACAAAAUGCAAUCCGAAGUCCGAUACACAGAAUGACAAGAACCAACAGAACGCCUUCGCUCAAACGGGAAACUAGACAAGCUAGGAACCUUAGUUGCGCAGGCACCUUCUUGUAGAAGGAGGCGCCUUUAAAUACCUCCUGCAGACCAGCUAUAGGCAGGGGAAGAUGGAGGGCUUGCGCAUGCUGACUCACAAAGAGAGGAGAGACACACCCGCACACACCCUAAAUACACACAAUGAACUGAGCCAGAGUGCAAGCUCUGCUCAGAGCCAGGAGGAAAAUGCUGGUGGCAGGAAUGCAAACCACAGUGAAGAACCCCGCUGGCUGCGCCUGUCAGCAUGGUGUGCAGCAGUAGGAAGGAGUGAAGAAGCCCGGCUCCCGUUCCUGCAUGUGGGGACAGAAUAGCAGGUACGGUGAGCUGGGCUAACAUUGGGGCAUUAAGGCUAGCUAGAGCUUCUUCAGAUACAUGGGGCAAUUGCACACAAUUAGGUAAUUCUCGAGCUCGGGAGAGAGCACGUGGUUUAUUUACUGACGCAAGAUAAUUUCUGAAGAUCUCUGAUAUCUGUGCAGGAUCUUUGUUACUAGCUCCUGCUGCAUCAAUCAGACUGUGUAUGUUAAUGACUGGACAUUGAACCCUAGUGAGGUUCACCAGUAAUUUCCCCCCCUUGUUUCUAAAUUUGAACAAAUCAGCAGAUUUCUGGUCUGCAUACAAUCUCACUGUACGUUCUAGGUAAUGAUCAAAGUUAUGUUUAGCUGCAACCCAGACCACCUUAUUUCUUUCUGUAGGCCGUGCAUAAACUACAAGUAGCUUGAUCAUACUUUGUAACACAGCUUUUCUCUGGGCUACCGUGUGUGAAAUAAUUUGCUCUCUCAAUACCACUUUUGCAGUUUCCCAGAAUAAUGUUGGAUCCUGUUUGUGUUCCCCAUUACUCUUGAGGAAGUCCUCAUCUGUGGCCAAAUUACCAGAAAGAUGCCACAGGUAGUCUGUGCCUCAAAACGUAUUUCACCAACCCCAUUAUCAAGGGGAUAUGAUCAGAUAUAAGUAAAUAGGAGAUUUCAAUCUGCAUAAAGGCUCAUGCACACGAACUGUGUGGUGUCCACAUCCGUAUAUCCGUUCCUUGGCACCCACAAAAAAUAGAACAUGUCCUAUUCUUGUCCGCUUUACAGAUAAGGAUAGGACUGUUCUAUAGAGGCCAGGACAUUCCAUUCCGCUAAUUGCAGAACACACACGGACGGUAUCCAUGUUUUGCGGAUUUGCAGUCCGCAAAACAGGCUACAGUCUAGUGCAUGAGCCCUACCUACUGCUCUGAAAAAAACUGGGGAAAUCCAAGAAAUAAUCUAUUCUUGACCAUGAGAGUAAUGAGUGAAUUCUCUCUCCUUGGGGAUGUGAUAUCUCCACAAAUCUGUUAACCAUACUGAGUCUAGAAAAUGUUUCAGUGUGACAGUACCUGGACCACUCUAGGGCUCUAGUCUAUGAUGUCAUCUACCUUCUGACACAUCAUGUACAGCCUGAGAUCGCCAGCUAUCAAUACAUGGCCUUGUCCCUCUUGGAGGAUGGUGCUCUCCAUUUUCUGGACGCAUGAACCCAAAAUCAGAUUUCUCCAAGUACCAUUUCUCCAGGAAGACAUAACUCCUAUUUUCCUCUCACCUCCACAAAGGCACCACCUGGAGGUUACCCCCGCCCGCCUCCUUAGGGACAGGAAACAAUCAGAUCAGUGCAUAAAAGCCCCCUCCCUUAUACCUGAUCCAGUUGUUUCCUGUCCCUCAAGAGUGCAGGAUCGUUCAGUGCAUGAGGAUUUGGUUUGUUAGCCUGGUUCUAGCCUGGAACCGGAGAGCUGUGACGGAAGGUAGGGGCUCGGGAUUACUGCUGUCCUUCCUACCUCUUGGUAUAAGUCUGGCGGAUGCUGGCAACCCCGGGCUUUUUUCCCUGCUCCGGGCGAGCGGAGCACAUGGUAUUAGACUGCAGUGUUUCCUGGGGCUGGGGAUUACUGAAAGUAGUUCCGCGGGCGCAUGCGCAGUGUCUAUGGGGCAUUAGGACGUCAUCACGCUGGAAGGAGGAUCGUGGCGUGAUGACGUCAGCACGUGAGCGCCAUGCCCCGCAUAAACUAGGAAGGGAGCAGCUAUAUGGCAUUCCCUGCAUGGUACACUGAGGUAAACCUCCAGUUCGGUUUGCAGCAUGUCUCUAAUCACAGAAAGCAACGCUGGCCGGAAAUCUUCAGAUACUCCCAGGCCCUCUAGCCCAGUAAGCCUCCUCCCUCCCAUUACCACUCUUUGCACCUUGCUACUGUCUCCAAUGUGCUAACUUAUGUAAUCAGAAUUUAUUUUAUUCCAUCUCUGAAUAAUGUGCAUGUUUAUUCCUGUGAAACUGUUUAUGUUCAUGUAAUUACUUGGUUUACCACAAGUGGCGGCAUUUCUGGCAGAGCUGUAUUAUAUAGAGUGGAACCCUUUUUUCAUUCUAUUCCCCUCUCUAGAGAGGGAGAAGUUUUAGCUAGUGUAGGUGAGUUCCAGCUUACCCCUCCAGGGGAGAGGUUGUGUGUCUAGCUUGUCUCCUGCCAAGGAAGAAAGAAGGCCUCGUCCCUGCCGGACAGGUCCUGCCUGUGAGUUCUGAAUGGUUGCAUGUCCCCUCCUGGGCUUGCAUUGCCUAAAAGCCAAGCUAAAGAAGCUUGAAGCCAGGAAGAAGUUUUCCUAUAAUUACAAUCAGACUACAGAAAGCUAAGUUGCAGCCUACAACAGAAAGCCAAAGAAAAGUUCCUAUUUAAGCCAGCCAACACAGUAGAGCUGAAAGAGUUCAGAUGUAACAGAGCUGAGAGUGUUUGCCUGCCAGAACUUCAUGCCAAAUCUUGCUGGAAACCAAGGCGAAGUCUGUAAAACUGUUUUGAUUACAGUUUACUCAAGUAAAGUUGCAUUGGA